UUAUCUGCAGUAUACCGUGGGUUCUAAAUGAAGAAAAAAAGAAAAACAAGCUCGUGAAAGCAAGGUGCUGUCAAGUGUGUCAGGGUUCUUUCUCAUCUUUGAAUUGAAUACAAAUUAUCACCUGCUAGCUUAGCAGGUAUAAGAAGAAAGCAAAAAAAAAAUUCAAAAAUCAAUUUGAAGAGUAGUAGCAUAGCAUGUGAAAUAACAGUGUUCCAAAGAUGGAAUUGAAGUAAAUGGGAAUCAAAUAAUUAACAACAGCAGUACGGUAAUACUUAAAAAAAAAUUCACAGUUUGAAGUAUUAUUAUUGUACUGUGGUUUCUGGACCCUGAUAAUAGUAAUAAAUCACAACGGUUAAUGGUGGUAGUGUGGUACUAUAUAGUGAUAGAAAUGUAGACCCAAGAGCAACCACUUGUUGAACCCAAAUCCCAAUAUUGGACUAACAGCAUCUAAAUUAUCAAAGGCUACUUUUGCUCUCUUUAGGAUACUAAAAAUUGAAGCCGUGACAAUAGGGUACCUUUAAAAAAAAAGCUGAACAUUAUAUUAUACUAGUGGUAUCAAUCAAAUAGGAUGUGCUAGCACCGCAGAUAGUUACUCAACACAAAUUAGUAACCCAUCAUAGUCAUACUUUUUACAACCCAGCUUCUCCCUUAAUUUCCUCAAACAUCACUUUCUUUAUUUCUUUCUCCUCUUUUUCAUCACUCCCAAGCCCACCACUCUAACAACUCACUCACUCUCUACUUGAUAAAACUCUCUUAUAAGCACUCAGCUUCUAUAUGCAUGUUUUCAAGCUUCAGCUUUGAAUAGAAUUUGAUAUAAUUAUUCUUAUAAUGGAUAUAGAUUUAGUUUCUUCCCCCUCCAAGACGAAAGACAUCGACGGCCUCCUCGCCGAUGUCGGAUACAAAGUCCGGUCUUCUGAGCUGCAUCAAGUAGCUCAUAAUAUCGAACGGCUGGAGAACGCGAUUGUGAAUUCAUCCAGCGACAUUUCUCAAUUCGCUUCGGAUACUGUCCACUACGAUCCCUCCGAUAUUGGCAAUUGGGUGGACAAUCUUCUCACUGAAUUCGACCAUACAGUCUCUUUACCCUAUGAUUUCUCUGAACUACCAGAUCUCGCAGCACCACCGCUGCCGCCGUCACAAGAUCAACACUACCUCCACCAAUUAAAGGUGGUGACCACCGUUGAAGAAGACUCUGCAAUUAAGCUAGUUCACAUGCUGAUGACGUGUGCGGACUCGUUGCAACGUGGCAAUUUACCAUUGGCUGGCUCGUUAAUUGAAGGCAUGCAAGGGUUGUUAGCAGAGAUGAACACCAACUGCGGCAUUGGAAAAGUCGCCGGGUACUUCAUUGAUGCAUUGAACCGCCGUAUCUUCGGUAUAAACAAUGUUAUCAGUGUUUCUCUUCCGAAUGAGAACGAUAUUCUUUACCAUCACUACUACGAGGCUUGUCCUUACCUCAAAUUCGCUCACUUCACAGCUAAUCAAGCUAUACUGGAAGCUUUCAAUGGCCACGAUUGUGUUCAUGUUAUUGAUUUCAACCUCAUGCACGGUCUUCAAUGGCCGGCGUUGAUUCAAGCUCUUGCUCUUCGUCCUGGUGGACCUCCAUUUCUACGGCUAACCGGCAUUGGUCCGCCGUCGCCGGAUGAGCGGGACAACCUCCGCGAAAUCGGGUUGCGGUUAGCCGAGCUAGCUAGAUCGGUGAAUGUUAGAUUCGCGUUUCGUGGAGUUGCGGCUUGGCGGCUUGAGGAUGUGAAGCCGUGGAUGCUUCAGGUGAGUUCUAAGGAAGUUGUGGCGGUUAAUUCUAUAUUGCAACUUCAUCGUCUUCUCGGAUCUGAAUCUGAACCGGUUUCUUCGGGUAUUGAAAUGGUUUUGGGUUGGAUCCGGAGUUUGAACCCGAAAAUCAUGACGGUUGUGGAGCAGGAAGCGAACCAUAACGAGGAUGGGUUCAUGGAGCGGUUCACGGAGGCACUACAUUAUUACUCGACCGUUUUUGACUCGCUUGAAGCAUGUUCGGUUGAACCGGACAAGGCUAUGGCUGAGAUGUUUCUGCAGAGGGAGAUAUGCAAUGUGGUAUGCUGCGAGGGGUCGGCUCGAGUUGAGCGACAUGAACCACUUGUUAAGUGGAGGGAGCGGCUUGGUAAAGCCGGGUUCAGACCGCUACAUUUGGGUUCGAACGCGUUUAAGCAAGCGAGUAUGCUGUUGACUCUGUUUUCUGCGGAGGGUUAUUGCGUGGAGGAGAACCAGGGGAGCUUGAGUUUGGGUUGGCAUAGCCGCCCUCUCAUUGCGGCUUCGGCUUGGCAAGCUGUGCCUUUGCCAGAGGCUGAAACACUGCGUUUCGAUCAUUGAAGAAGAGAGAACUUAUUAACCAACAAAGCAUUGUAUUAGUUCUCACGUAACGAUACUGUAUAUUUCUCCUUCUUCAUCAUUUAGUCUAUUUUUGCCCUUAA